AUGGCUGGCCCCGGUGGCACUGGUUUCAAUCAUCUUCCCGUUGAUACUCUAAUCAACAUCAUGAGUUUUCUUCCUCCAUCAGCAAUUUUCGCGCUGCGCAAGCUCUGCAGAAUAUGCUACAAGGCAAGCCUCGCGCGCAGCAUCUGGACUUCCAUCGUUCGGAACGAGAUGGAGAACCAUCAGAUCCCCACGUUCACGUUCCCUUUGUCGACGAUGGAAGGAUCAGCUUUGGAGCGACUCGCUAUGUCGCCCUACCUUUUCGAUCACUUUUUAGACGACCAGGAUGUUGGCCCGCGGAACCCUCACGUCAUCCGAAUCCUACUCAAUCGCUUGGAGAAAUGGAAACUCAAAGACCUAUCAAUCCGAUCUCGUAGCCCCGGGUAUACGUCCGUCCACCUGGCCCCAGGAGGCAGAUUCCUUGUCACCUCUUCUCCAGCGGUUGGGAACAACGCUGAAAACAAGACGCUCGUUCAGCUCUGGGACAUCGGGGUUCGUGGUCAUGGCUACAACAGCAAAGUAUUGGCUAGUCUUGUGCUGGCAGCGACUCAGGUCCCCGCUGUCAUCGCUCCUAGUCUCGAUGGGAAGGGAUUUUGCCUGAUAUGUGUUGAACAAGGAGUUGCUUUGUCCGCCUAUGCCAUCACAGAUCCUGGCUCUUCUCCGGCCAUAAAGCUUUUGAACAGUUUUCAAACACAUCUGAACGGUGAUGCGCUGGAAUCUGCUCUAUUUGUCGUGUCAGGGAGCCGCUUGGGAUGCCUUCUUGACGGAGCGCACCUCGGGGUGUGGGAUUUCGUGGCCAACACCUCGAUAGUAUGGCAAACGCAUAUUGAUGCUUUAUCCGAUGUCGCAGAACUCCCUUCAUGCUCUCUCCAACUUCACGGAAACUGCACCCUCCUCGCAUAUAACGGUAAAAUAUUCAUUUGGAACAUACUGGAGCUAGAAACAAACUUUGCAGGUCAAGCGGUCUCAUUCCAUCAUCCUGCCUCCGUUUUUAGCAACCUCCUCAUUCACUCUCACUUUGCUGAGGAAAUUGAUGAUGAGGACGAUUCGAGCCUACGGAUGGUACCGCAGUCUCCUUGGAAGCCCUUCCCCUCCCAAGACAAUAAAGAAGACUGCCUGGCUUUGUUCUGCGAGACACGAGCUGCCAUCCACCAAGUUCACAAGCUUGACAUCUUUAGCCAUCCUUCAAACCGCCUUCCUGGUGUCAUUCCACUGCAGCUGAAUGCGACGAACGAAUUUGCCUUUGACUACCUAGAGGAAGUUGGGGUUGGCCCACUUCUUCCUUGGAAGCAUGCUAUGGAGCACUUGAUUUUUGCCGAGUUCAGGACCGUCGGCUGUCGCGUGCAUCGACUAUGCGAAGGUGGUGACAAGUGUGAUUGCGGUAUGGUGACAAAGCUGUGCUUCAGCUCUGACGAUAAUUUCUACAUUGUGGACUAUUUGGACGAUAUUUAA